AUGUCGGAGUUCCCCCAUGCACAGGGACCGCGAACCCUGGAUAUCGAUUUCGAACCCACCGACACCCCAAAGACCCGCCGUCCAUGGACUGACAUGGAGGAUCAGGCCCUGAGGCACCUCGUCUCCCAGUUGGGCUCUGCUCGAGGACGCCAGGGCCGUUGGACAGAUAUCGCUCGAGGACUGCCAGACCGCACAGCAAAGGAAUGCCGGAAGCGCUGGUUUCAUUCACUGGAUCCUUCUGUCCGCAAGGGGCCAUGGACUCAGCAAGAGGAUCGUAUUCUGCUAGAGGCAUUUGCCAGGUUGGGCCCGGCCUGGAGCGACAUUUGUCUCUUAAUCCCCGGGAGAAAGGAUGACCAAUGCUCCAAGCGUUACAACGACAUUCUCGCCCCGUCAGCCAAAGACCGGCUUCGGGGCUGGUCAGAAGAGGAGGACCAGGUCUUAAAUGACAGUGUCCAGUCCCUAGGCCACCGUUGGUCCGCCAUUUCUUCCCUUUUCCCUGGACGACCUCCGUUGACCUGUCGAAACCGGUGGAGGCAUUUAUCUGCUAAGCAGGCAAUGGUAUCCAGCGGCGAAGACAGUGGCAGUCCAAGUAUCUCGGCCGACACUCCCCAAGAAACUAUACAGGACCAUGACUCAGUCGUAUACACCUGGGCCAACACCUGUCCAUGA